AUGGCUGUCGGAACGAUGGCUGCGUUUGGUGAACGGGAUGCCAUGGACGACAUCAUGACUUCUCUCAAACUGCAUACCGUUGCCCAGCAGGAGAUGCCCGUCCGGUACGAAUCGGAAGAGGAAGAGGAAUCGGAAUCCGACUUGCCGGGUGCGGAUGAUCACCUCUACUCGCCUGUGGACAGCGAUAUGGGCGCCCUGGAUGUUGAGCAUCAUAAUAAUCAUAAUAGUAAUCACGACGCCCGUGGAUCGCCUGCGCAGACUUCCAACAAGGACUUUACCUUCCGAUUACCCAGUCCCUCUCCUGGACCGGAAUCUCCCAGAUCGCCCGCUGUCAAGGGGAGACGAGAGAGCUGUUUGACGCUCAUGGCGCCCAAAUCGCCCCAACAGGGGAAGAAUGAAAAGCAGCUGCGGAAAUCCUACGGCCCCUAUCGAGACUCUCCGCCUUUCCAGAACGCAAAGUUCUUCUCGUCCAUGAUACUGGAAGCAGAAACACGCCCGCUCCGCCAUUCGAUAUGCUCCGAGAUCCUGUCCUCAGACGACGAAUUGGGGCAGGAAGCUCACUUUCUGAUUGCCACCUCGAUUGUAUAUCGGGUCCCAGAAAGCAAACCCAGCCUAAUCUCCGUUGGUCCAGCCUCUACGCCCUCUACCACACCUCCGAUUCCUGAACCUGAACCUGAACCGGAACCACAGAAGAAACGACCAUCUCCUCUCAAUCUGGCACCAUCAAAGCCCGUCGCUGCGAACCCUCCUCGCACCUCUGGGAGUGUGAAGAACCGGCUUACUCGGUUGAUGAGCAGCAGUAGUAAGCAAGAGAAGAGACGAGGCUCCUACUUUAUGCAAUUCUCCAAUUCCUCAAAUCUAUCGGUCCUCGAAACCCCUUCAUUCUCCCUCCCAAACUGGAACUCUCCCGAAGAAACCUGGAGGCGCUCGGGCUCAGAAUCUGAGCAGCCACCGGAAAACCGGCCGUUGGAAGCAAGCUCCCGGUUCUCUCGUCGUAUCAGCACCACAUCCUCUCGCUAUUCUGUCCAAAGCCAGACCAGCCGCAGUCCGUCUGCUCAAAACAAGGACGAAAAAUCAACACUGUCUCUUCCCCGGUCUGGUGGCUUCCGAAACCGAUUGGCGUCCCCCGGACAGACCCAUACCGAGUCAUCACCCUCCCAGUUUCCAUCCUCGAGCGCUCAAGUUAAGGCUACUGUUCCAGAACCAAAGAAACCAUCUGUACAACGCUUGACACCGCCUCCGGACCGUUUUCAACGGCCACAGAGCAAUAGCAGCUCCCGCACCGCUCCAUCGUACCACCUCUUCCCAGAUAUCGAGCAGACGCCGGUUGGCUCGUCAGCCCGCUCGAUAAAGAGUGUGACGAGCAAUUCAAGUAAACCCAAUCAAUCAACUCAUGAUACCAGCAGCCUCAGGAGCCUCACCCAGCGGUAUAACCGGAUGCCGAAUCGUGACGAUUUUCCCACUCAGCGCCGACCUUCUGGAAGUCCUUUGUCUAUGAGUUCUAGGGCUGAUUCUAGAUUUCGAGACGGUCGACACAACUCCGAAUUUGGACUCAGCCUGAACCGGACACGCACACUUGCUGUCGACGAGGAGAAGAGCUUAGGCAGCUGGAAAGAAGAUUCCCACGAGGAAUUUGAAGGGUCCUCCCCUCGAAAACACAAACACUCGUCGUCGAAAAGCAUGAAAUGGUUCCAGGGCGGAAAUAUGAGCCAGGCAGGCAAGGCCCUAAACGGGCUUGGAUCCAUGAUCAGGACGAAAAAAAUUACUUAA